CUUUACGAAUAGCCACGAGGUCUGCGUGCAUAAUUUUAUUUUGGAGUAAAUUUAGGAAAGAAGUUGGUAGCUAAAUGUUUACAUUUUCUAUUGAUGAAGGAGAUGCACGUGUUGAUCUUACGUGUUUGAAUAGUUGUAUGAGCGUUAAUUAUUUCAAAAAGGUUCCAGCAACCUCGGCAGAACUGUUCAGAUCACCCAGCCAUGACGGACGACACUGCUCUGCCCAUCAAGCAGAAGAAGCGAAGUCAGAAGAGUAGUUCUCCUGAUGAACCGAACAGCAAAAAGACAAAAGCGCAGUCUGAUCCACCCCAAGAUAAACUUUCGAUGGUCAAGAGAAAUAAACAGCAAGUGAGAGAGAGGAAAGGGCAAGGAAAAACUGUACUCAAAUCUGGAUCUGCUAGGAAAAAAUUUGAGAAAGCCACAGACACUAAACAGAUUUCUGGAAGCGUUAAGUGGAAGGAAGUGAAGCAGAAGAAGCGCGAUCUAAGGCUGCAGCGAAAGAAAACUUCCCGCGGCACGACGUUUGAUGACAUGACGUCAGCCAAGAAGAUGUGGGAGAAGGUGCGCGUCACGAGCUGUCCCGCGGAGCUGCGCGAGCGACUCAUCGGGGAGAUCCAUGAGAUUCUGGCUCCGAACCUUGAGACGGUAAUGUUCACCCACGACGGGGCACGCGUGGUGCAGUGGCUCCUGAAGAUGGGCUCCCCGCCCCUGCGUGUCGCCAUCUGCGACCGGCUGGAGCCGUUGCUGCCGACCAUGGUCCAGUCCAAGUACGCCAGCUUCUGCGUGCGCAGGAUGCUCAAGUACGGCUCGCGGGAGUCCCAGGCCAAGGUCAUCCGCUCCUUCUCCGGCCGCGUCGUCAAGUUCAUGCGCCACUCCGUGACGGCACCCGUGCUGGAGCUUGCGUACUCUCAGUUUGCCACGAGCGCGCAGAAGGCGGCCAUGCGACAGGAGUUCUACGGUGGAGUGUCGAGAGUGGCCACUCCGGGGGAGAUACACUGUCUGGCCGACGUCUACAAGCACACUCCCGAGCUGAAACACUCCACUCUCGCUGCCACCCGCACCAACAUACUGAGGGUGCUCAGCAAGAAGCUGACACGGUCCAGUCUGCUCCAUGCCGUGGUCCUGGACUUCCUGCAACUGUGCCCCGACGAUGAGAAGCGGGAGAUGCUCACCCAGCUGCGACCCUUCCUGCUAGACCUGCUUGUGUCCAAGGAGGGCUCGCGCAUCGCCAUGAUGUGCGUCUGGCAUGGCAGUGUCAAGGACCGCAAGGCGGUCAUCAAGCUCCUGAAGGGCAAGAUGAAGGAGGUCGCCACAUCCGAGCACGGCCACUGGCUGCUGUUGGCUGUGUUCGACUGCGUGGACGACACUGUUCUGCUGAAGAAGAUUUUGGUUCCAGAAAUAAUCAAUGAUUUGAUUGAAAUUGCGAGCAAUGAGUAUGGCAGGCUAGUAAUCCUAUACCUGGUUGGCCAUCGAGAUCCGCUGUAUUUCCACCCUGCUGUCGUUAAGGUACUUCAAGAUGGUGAUGCUAACGAGGUAAGCAAGAAGGAUCCCGCGCAGCGCAGGGCGGAGCUCCUGGGGGCGAUGUACGGCAGCCUGCUGGAGGCGAUCGCGGCGGAGCCCCACGUCUGGCUGGCCAGCAGCUCCAUCGCCAUGGUGACACUUGCGGCGCUCAAGUAUGGGUACGGAAAGCCAUUGACUCUUGCUGUAGAAGCUCUAGUGGAAUAUUUGUCGGACCCAUCUCACAUGCUGAGCUUCGGUGAUAAGCAGUGCCAUGCCAUCGAACACAGCGCCGUCCAUUUGUUGCUGAAGAAACUGAUUGAAAGUGACAAAGACAAGGACCCGCUGGAAUGUUUCAGUUAUAUCUUUGUGUCAGUAGUGAAACCAUCAACGAUUGAAUGGUGGAUUGAUUACAAUAGAGGCUGUUUCAUCCUCGUGGCGCUGUUGGAGAAAGGAUCCCAAGAUGUAAAAAAUAAACUGAUAAACAAAUUUACGGAGAACAUAUUGGAGAAGUUGAAAUUGAUGAAAAGUGUUGGAGCUAAAAUUUUAUUGAAAAAACUGUUUGAGUAGAACAGUGCUUUAAAAUUUUGUUAGCAAAUCAGUAAAUGACACAAUUUAAUUUAUGGAUUAAAUGUGAUUGUUUUUAAAA